CAGCCCCCUCACCUCAGGCCCAGCCCAGCGGGUAUAAACAGUGCUGGCAGCUGGAAGGAGCAGCUGAGUCCCUGCAGCAGCCCAGACACCACGCCUACAGGCACCAUGAAGACUGUCACCCUGCUGGCACUGCUGGCCCUGGCUGUGCUUUGCCUCGCUGCCCGGGCAGAUGCAAAGCACAGCGGUGCAGAGUCUGGCAAGGAUACAGGGCCACCUGAUGCCUUUGCUAUGUCCUGCAGCCUUCUUAUCUAAGCAGGAGGGCAGUGAGGUGGUGAAGAGACCCCGGCGCUACCUGGAUCAAGGGCUGGGAGCCCCAGCCCCUACGCCAGGUCCUCUGGAGCCCCAGAGGGAGGUGUGUGAACUCAACCCAGACUGUGACGAGCUGGCAGACCACAUCGGCUUCCAGGAUGCCUAUCAGCGCUUCUACGGCAGGGUCUAGGAUGCCUACCCACUGGCUGCGCACAGUCCCACCUGCCUCUGCUCCCCACCAGGACCCUCCCCUCCCCUUGCACUCUCUCUGCCAGUCUUCAAGUGGAGCUACUCCCAAAUAAAGCCCAGAGGAGGAACCAGUAA